AUGACUAGCAGAAACAUGUCUUCUGUCGACCAAAUCUUCAAUGCUCCUCGCUCAAUUGCCAAGGUCGUCCCGGCUGUAGAAACAGCGGAGGGCGAUGGUGCCAGAGUUCGCCGAAGCAUUGGCACCCCCCAACUUCGCCGACUACCUCCAUUUUUGAUGUUGGAUCAUUUCUUCCUCACAGACGGAGCAGGUUUCCCAGACCAUCCUCAUCGUGGGCAGGAAACCAUUACCUACCAACUCAGCGGUGCCACCAACCAUGAGGACUUCACCGGUUCUGCUGGCACAAUCCAGGCUGGCGACCUCCAAUUCAUGACUGCAGGCAAGGGUAUCGUCCACGCCGAAAUUCCCUCACAGCAACCAAAAGACGGUGCUGCCAAUAUUGGCCUCCAGCUCUGGGUCGAUCUUCCAGCUCGUCUCAAGAACUGUGAUCCACGAUACCGCGACCUCCGUGCUGGGGAAAUCCCCAUUGCACACCCUUCCGACAAAGUUGACGUCAAGGUCAUUUCUGGUCAAUCCUGCGGUAUUGAUUCAGUUAAAGACUUAGCCUAUACCCCUGUUUGGCUGCUACACGUUAACAUGCGGCCAGGUGGUGAACUCUCGCAAAGCCUACCAAAAGGUUGGAACUCGUUCAUCUAUACCAUGUCUGGCUCCAUCACUGUCAACAACACCAAACGUGUCGAGAAAUUCAACAACGUUGUUCUCGGCACAGACGGCAGCGGAGUCAAUAUUUCUGUCGAUCCCAGCGAAACCGAGGCAGCAGACUUCGUUAUCCUGGCCGGAGAACCCGCAGACCAACCCAUUGUCCAAUAUGGCCCAUUUGUGCAGCUCACGGAGAGGGAUAUUUACAAGACCUUUGAGGAUUACCAGGAGCAUAAAAAUGGCUUUGAGAGACUUAAGGGCUGGGAAAGCAAGAUUGGGAAGGAAUUUCACCUAAGACGUAGACACAGCUUUAGAGUCUAA